GAGUCAUCAUGCGUGUCCUCAGCUUGCAUCGAAUCCCGGUCGAAGAGUCUGCUCCAGCACAAGAUGUCUGCCAACGGCCAGAAAAGUGGCGGCCUGCAGCUGGAUGAGUUGGCUGAGGAGCUGUCGGAGCUGUCGGCAAAGCUUCGUGCACAAGAAGAAGGGCUGCAAAAGGGCAUCGACAAGAAAGACAGCGAAGUCUUGUCCCACCGCAAUACACUCAAUUCGGUGGGCAGCAAUCCAUCGGACCGGGAGGUGCACGAUGGGCGCUUUGAGCUUUGCCAUGCUCAGCCUGGCCAAGCUUUGGAGCAGGUGUCAGAAGAUCUCAACACGUCCUCUUCAACGCUUGGUGGCUGCAGCGACUCAGAGGUGGUGCUGUUUUCGCCGACGGACUCGCAGCCGUACUUCACCACGGAAUGUUGCCCUGUCAGCGAGGACUUCUGUGCUGGCUGCGCGAAGCUGAACAGCGACAAGACAGCCUGUGAGGUGUGCAGCGGAGGCUUCUCGAAGAGCAGUGACGGCCGGUGCUAUGCCUGCAUGGACCUGCCUGGAUGGCAGAACAAGGCUGGGGAGACGUGCAGCGCGGCGACGAUUUGUGGGGACAGCCAGAAGUAUCAAGGCUUCUCUCCGCAAGAAGCAUGCUGCCACUGCGGGGGCGGGCAGAAGGAAGCCAGAAAGUUCAGCUACUACGUUGGCCCUUUGGCAGUUGGGGCCACGAAGGUCAUCGGAUACCCAGUGCCACGAACUGCGCGUCUCUACUUCGUGGACAAGGACUGCGAGCUGUCAAAGUACGGGCUGACCAUCAACCCCACGACUGGGGCCUUGCAGCUGGCCCCGGGGUGCAGCAAGGUCGGGUGUGGUGCGGCAGAGGAGUCUAUCGAAGUGAAGUGCACAAUCGCGGCUGUGGAGGAUGUUACGCAGGCCAACGGUGAACCACUUCACGCGCAGGCACCCUUAGAGGUGUUUGCUGGAGAUGUGAGCUACGGUUCUGGGCCGGUGGUGCUCGGCAUGGACCGGACGACAAGCAUUGCCCCCGCAGUGAACCCGGACACGACAGCCGGCGACUUCUCAGGUCUUUCCUGUGUCCCCGAUGCCAGUGAUUGGCUGACGCUGGACUCUGGCACGGGCCAGCUGUCCUGGAGCUCAGCAGCCCCCAGUGGAGCAGAAGGUGGGUUGAUGGACGACAAAGGCCUCAUGGGCACAGGUGCCGUAUGCUCUGUGGAGAAGGGCGGCGCCAAAGGCCAAGUGCUGGUGUGGUUGCCUUUUCCUUGGGCUCAAAUGACGUACAGCUAUGCGUCAGACGGGCAGGCAGCCACGCUUUACGCUACAGUGGGGGAGAAGUCACCGGUGCUGUCCGUGAUAUCUCCGAAGCACAUGGCGCAGUCUUACCCUUCGCCGACGCGCUUUUCUGCGAGCUGUACAGGCGCAGACUUUGUCUUCGACGUGUUGACUGGUCUAGCCACGUGGGAAGGUCACCAGAUCUUCCUGCUGGAUGUCGCCAACGGCGACCUGCAGCUUAGCCCUGAAGAGUCCUUGACCAGGGCGCUGGAUCGCACCGGGGACAGCGCAGUCCGCCGGAGCAUUGGGCUUCAGUGCACCAUCUUCGGGCAUUAUGAGUGGGCGCCGAUGGGACAUGGCUCCGUCAUCACUCACCGACUAUCGAUGGAGCUGAGGGACCACACCUGCUGGGCUCAGCAGGUCAGAAGCUUCUCCAGUAGGAUAGACAAGGGCCAACAAUCCGAAAAUGCUUGCCGCAGCCUCUGCCGCAGCGAAGCCUACUGCACGCACUGGGCCCUGGACGGCGGCAGCUGCUACUUCUACCGUGGCCUGUGCAAGGGCUCACUCGCUGACAACUUUGCAUGCGUUCACAAGCACGUGACGGUCACAGAGCGCUACCCUGGAUGCGGGGAGCGCCACAGCUGUGUGGACAUCCAGCUGCCGGGCUACCACUACAUUUCUGGCAAGUAUUGUCCUGUCGGCGAGAAUGCUGCUGUGGCACUGGGCCCUGUCUACUUCAAGGAAGGCUUGACGGCGGAGGAAAGCUUCUGGCUGAUGCGAAACGACGUCGCUCUUUGUGCACAGGGCGGCCUUCCGAUGGCACAUGGCCUCUGGCUGGUGGGGUGA